AUUUCUUAGCAGUGUGUAGGAGGUUAUUACGUAUACUUGUCGAGCGGCUAGAAUUGCCAGGAGCAUGGGUUUAAUAUGAGCACAGAAUAGAUCUUUCGUUAUUGAGUUGCAAUCAUUAUUACGGAGCUUUCCUAAUAGUUGUAAUCUACAUUUGUCUAUGUAACUAUUCAUUGACCACAUUUCUAAGUUUGAAAUAGACGAAUCUGUUCGAUGUCUUUUACCAAUGUCUUGUAUGCGUCGAUCGAAAAUAGCACUAAGUGCUUUCAAACAUUUCGAGUUCAUUGCCGUAUAUGGCAGGUAACACAUUUCCUAUCCAUAAAAGCUUGUAGAUAGAAUCAUUCGUUUCCAUAUGUUAACACACGUAGCAAGGUGGAAGUCAGAGUUGUUCAGGCCAAGAGAUCAUAAUGAAUUUACACAUUGCCUUGUUCUUGUGCAACAAAUAUCCUUUCUGCACUCAUAAUAAGUGCAUUUAUGUGUGUACUGACAGAUACAAACAAAGGACGAGACGUGUAAUGUUCGCUCCUAUCUAUCUGCACAUACCUAAUUGAGAUGUCAGAUCACAGUAUGGUUGCGUGUUUGGCCUGGAAACAUGACGAGAUAACACAUUGUGUCAGCCAGCACAGGAAUGGCAGUUAAUCUGUUGACAAAAUGGGCGCUGUGAUGAGGUGCGGUCAUGGACGCAAACUGACGAUCACGAAUCACCAUUGAUGAUGGCGACUGCUAGGAAACUGACAGACAACCACCUCACCUGUGUCAUCUGUACGGAGGUGUUCACAGACCCUGCCACACUUCACUGUAAUCACACAUUCUGUAAGUCCUGUCUUUUGAAAUACACCAACACACAGCCUGAAGCAAUACAAGCCAAGUCCAUCCCAUGUCCCUCCUGUAGACAACCGACGAAGGUGACCACACCUGACAGUCCAGUGGAGGAGUGGGUGAGUCAGCUGAAACCAAGCCACAUCAUACAGGGACUGAUGGACGACUUUGGACCAGAGACCGAAGCUGGAGAUGUUAAUAACUGCAGUGUUUGCAAAACACAAGGGAAGACAUCUCCUGCCACCUCGUGGUGCUCCAUCUGUGACGAUGUCUUCUGUGAUGGAUGUCUGAAGAUGCACAAUAUGAUGCCAAUAUUACGUGACCAUGCAGUUGUUGUUGUGUCUGAUACUACCAAAAGAAAAGCCAAGCAACGCUUCAUGUGUACAAUCCACAAAGACAAACAGAUCAAGUUGUUCUGUAAGGAUUGUAGGGUGGCCAUUUGUCAUAUAUGCAGCAGUAUAAAUCACAGAAAAUGUGACGAUGUUGAUAUUUUAGAAAAUAUGACCCUGUUGUCAGAGAACACCUGUCAAAUCAAAACCAUGAACUGAAAAUCAAAAUGACAACUUCAGAAAAUGAGGUUAUCUUCAAGAAAUCUCAAAUUAAAGAAAUAAAGACAAAUGCACAAAGUAUCGGAAA